GGCUGCUAAAUGCUCCCGGCGCGCGACUGCCAACGCAGUCACUUUCUGUCAGGCAUUCGAUACUUCGUGUUUUUGAACUAGCUUCCUACAGUCUACAAGACCGGCCUCAGCAUGUCCGAACCACGAGAUGUCCUCAUCGUGUCGGCUGUUCGCACGCCCAUCGGCUCUUUUUGUGGAUCAUUAUCAUCUCUCAAAGCUUCAGAUUUGGGCAGUGUUGUCAUCAAAGAAAGCUUAUCAAGAGCUGAUUUGAAAUCCACUGAUGUCUCCAAUGUGAUAUUAGGCCAAGCAUUGACUGCAGCACAAGGACAAAAUCCAGCCAGGCAAGCUGCCAUCAAAGCCGGUCUUCCAAUCACUGUUCCAGCUUAUCUUGUCAAUAUGUUAUGUGGAUCUGGCCUCAAAUCUAUCACUAAUGCUUAUUUAUCUAUUAAAUCUGGAGAGAGUGAAGUAGUAGUGGCUGGUGGACAAGAAAGUAUGAGCCAAGCACCUCAUGCUAUUCAUCUUAGGAAUGGGGUGAAAAUGGGCGAUGGCACUAUGAUGGACACAAUGAUUAUUGAUGGACUAACAGAUGCAUUUGAAAGUAUCCACAUGGGUGUUACAGCCGAAAACAUUGCCAAGAAAUUUAAUAUUAGCAGAGAAGAACAAGAUGAAUAUGCUGCAAAAUCGCAACAAAAAGCCGAAACCGCCGUAAAAAAUGGAUACUUUGAAAAAGAAAUAGUUCCUGUUCCUGUAACUAUAAGGAGAGAAACGACAUUUGUGACCAAAGAUGAAUUCCCAAAAGCCGGCACAACAGUUGAAGGUCUUGGCAAGUUGAGACCUGUUUUUAUCAAAACUGAAGGCACAGUUACUGCUGGAAAUGCAUCAGGAAUCAACGACGGGGCAGCCUGCGUUGUUUUGAUGUCGAGAGAAGCUGCUACAAAUAAAAAAGUUAAGCCGAUCGCACGCAUUGUUGCCAUUGCCGAGUCCGGUGUUGAGCCAAAUAUUAUGGGCACAGGUCCUAUUCCUGCUGUUGAGUUAGUUCUUAAGAAAGCUAAAUGGAUUAAAGAAGAAGUUGAUUUAUAUGAAUUGAAUGAAGCAUUUGCUGUACAAUCGUUAGCUUGCUUACAAGCACUAGGACUUGAUCCUAAUAAAGUCAAUGUAAAUGGUGGAGCAAUAGCACUAGGUCAUCCAAUCGGUGCUUCAGGUGCAAGAAUAGUUGUGACUCUAUUAUAUUUGUUGGAAAGAACUGGAGGAAGAAAAGGUGUUGCUUCAUUAUGCAUAGGUGGAGGAAUGGGCAUAGCAGUAGCUCUUGAAAUAAUAUAGCAAAUAACAAUGAUAUACUAUACUGCUAAAAGAUAUCCAUUACCUCAAAAUAAUGCAGAUUAUAUUAUUACGCAAUCAGUGCAAUGGACUGCAACAUAACUGAAAAUUAUGCUACAUUGUAAUUAGUAUUUGUUUUAACUUUCAAUUAUUAUAUUGAAAAAUUGUUUAGUAAUUUUUUUUUAUUUUAUACAGUACUUCACUUUUAAUUACCUGUGCAUAAAUUGUUUUAUUUUUUUUGUAAGUAUUUCAAAUUUUCCUGUGACAAAGUGUAGGGUUUCUUUAAAAAAUUGUAAAUAAUUAUGGUAACACUUUAUGGUACUAAUGACUUACAACUGACCAAUGUGGUUGACAAUACAUUAAGAAGGCAAAAUAUUUUAUAUCAAAUACAACUCCAUAAUGUAUUAUAUAGUCAUACUGAAAAAAUACCAUAUACAAUAUGAUUGUAUGAAAUACUACUCAGUAUGGAUGUUAUUAAUAAUGUUCAAUUAAUUCAAAUGCUGUUGCAAACAUCUACUGCAGUUAUUCAAAUUGUUUCAUUUAUAUUUAUAUGACAGUUAUAAAACAAUUCUAUCUAGGCAACAAAUUUGUUAUU